CAGCGCGGGCGGAGCAGCGGGAGGCGGAACCCUCCUUCGGCGAGAGGGCGCCAGGAAGGGCUGCGAGGGGGAAAGCACCGGCAGCGGCACCGCGAGGAGUGCACAUGGGGGCGGUAGUACUUGUUUUCGCAUUUCGAGGAUUUUUUUCUCUUUAGGAAAAAAACAGAGUGCAUGUUACAGAUGUGACAGCUUGACUUCUUGAGUAUGGAGAAGGAACAAGCUUCAAAACGUCUAUACGUUGGAGGUCUUGGCCAUACAGUUUCUAAGGCUGAACUACAAGAAAGAUUUGGCAAGUUUGGACGUGUUUUGGAUGUAGAGAUUAUUACCAGAAAAGAUGACCAGGGGAACCCUACGAAAACUUUUGCUUACAUCACUGCCAACAUUUCUGAAACAGAUCUUAGAAAAUGCACAUCAAUUUUAAAUAAAGCCAAAUGGAAAGGGCAGACACUGCAAGUCGAGUUGGCCAAAGAAAGCUUUUUGCAUAGGCUUGCUAUGGAGAGAGAGGAAGCGAGGCUUCAGAAAGAAAAAACACAGAGAAACGACAAAACAUCUCUGCUAGAAUCGCUGAAAAAGGCUGGAGUUGUAGACUUUCACAUGAAAGCAGUACCAGGUACAGAGGUGCCAGACCAUAAGAAUUGGGUUGUGGGUAAGUUUGGUAGAGUCCUACCCAUCCUUCGCCUUAGGAGUCAACAAAAAAAUAAAAUUGUGAAAUAUGACCCAUCAAAAUACUGCCACAACCUUAGAAAGCUGGAGCAAGACUUGACACACGUAGUUCCUGUAUCCAAGCUUACUUGGCAUUUGGAAGAGAAAGAUGACAGCAUAAGCAAGAAGCGGCAAGGAGAAUUCCCUGUAACUAAGAAACAACCUAAAAAGUUGAGACAACUGGACAGUGAGGGUCUGAAUGGAUCAGCAGCGCUCCCUUCUGGCUGCUGGCCACAUUCAAACAACAUAAGCUCUUCACAGCUAGACCAAAGAUCAAAAACCAAAUCCAAUGAGAGGUCUAAAUUGCUUCCAUCAAGCAGUCUUUAUAGGAGAACACCAGGGCAAGGCUCAUUAUCAGAUAAAACCAAUAUUUCUAGGAUUUCUUCUCAGAAUAGUACAAUGCAUGUUUCUGAUGGUGACAUUGAUUCUGAGGAGGAAAUCAGAACGAUGGUAAAGAAAGAGACGGAAAGACGGCAAGCAGCCAUUGAGACUGAGAGUGACCACUUGGAAAUUGUUGGAGUUAAUUUUGAGUUAAAGUACAAUACUCACUGGUCCUUAGGCAAUCUAGACACCACAAAGAAAGUUGUCAAAGGAAAUAAUAAAGAGACUGUGGAAUGUGAUAAUGGUUAUGAUUCAGCAGAUACAGAUGAGAUUAUUGCUGAGAGUAAAGGUCCAGAUCUAAGUAGCAUGAAAACUGCAUUUUUAGAAGACUCUAAACUGGCAGUGGUGGAAACGAAAGAAAUACUAACAAAUAAAAAAUGUGAUUUGGCAAAUGACUCCUCACCGAAAACCCACAGAACUGUAAGAGAAGGGAAAAUAAGAGAACCUAAAACUUCUGCCUUGCCGAGCACAACAAAGACAAGCGAUAGUGAAAGCUCUUAUUCAGAGUCUGAGGAAGGGGAGUCUGAAGUCAGUUCUGAUUACGAAUCCAUGAUGCAAAACUGUUACCGUCUAGACCUUACAUUAGAUGACCUAAAAGCAUUAGCUACUGAGAAGUCUGGGACGUCAGUCGAGGAAUCGGAUAGCACACAGAGUUCUAGUCAGUGCAGCAUUAAAGAAAAUGCUAAGGGCAACGUCAAACAUAAAACAAAACUUUCUACAACUCCCCCUGCAGUCAAAAAGAAGUGCAUCUGUCCUGAAGAUAUAGUUGCUGCCAUUUUAAAAGGGGAGAAGAAUGCUGAUGAGGAAAGCUCGAAGAGACACAACAGUUCAUGUUUGAAAUACCAGCCCUUCAGAGGAAUGGGGUCCCUUUGUGAAAAAGAGUUAACUAAGGACAGUGCUGGUUUAAAGAAAUCUGUAGAAAGUUUAGGUGUUGAAGCUUCAAUUCCUUAUUGUGGGGAGACGCCCUCUGAAGGGCAAUCCAAGAACCAUCCAUUUUAUUCCCUUGAAAUCAGCAAGGAAAAUGAACAAAGUGAGCCUUGUGAACACCACAAGUUGUCAGAUGCUGUCUCCUUAGUAGAUGAGAAUGAUCAGCCUGUUUGCAGGCCACAUUUACAAGGAAAGAGGAAAAGGACAAAUUAUUUGCAAGAAGACCAAAACUUAAAGUAUGGAGAUGCUGCUCCUAGCACCAAUGACGGUGAAGGUGAGAGCAGUGAUGUGGAUAGUAAUGCUGCAGUGUCACAGAAACACAUGAAACAAUUGAAAACCCCAAAACUGCUUUCAAACAAAAUGAAGAAGGUUGUAAGUUCAGAAUGUGAAGUUAAGAAAUGUGAAAGUAAGAAGAUGAGUCUCCUGGAAAAUAAGGAACUUCAUGGUACUGCUUCAAAGGAGUCUAAUACAAAAAAGAAACAAUUGCAGGAUAACCAGAGGAGGCUGGCAGCUCUAGAAGAGAGACAGAAAGAGAGAGAAUUACAGAAAAAAGUCAUUCAAGGAGCUCUUUCAAAUCUGGAUAGCCAGCCAGCAAGCAAGCGUAAACACAUCACAUUCGAUUCGGAUGUGGAAAGUGAAGCUGAAGUGGAUGAGAUGUUGAAGGAAGAUGAGAGUUUGGGAAAUGUGCAUGAAAAAGAGUCUGCUCCUAAAACUUCUGGAAGACUCUUUGAAAGCAGCGAAGAUGAGCAAGAUGAUACAGAUGAUGAGAGAUUCAAAAUUAAACCCCAGUUUGAAGGCAAAGCUGGUGAAAAACUCUUGAAUUUGCAAUCACGGUUUGGCACAGAUGAAAGAUUUCGUAUGGAUGCUCGAUUCCUUGAAAGUGACAGUGAAGAAGAAGCAGAAACAAAUACAUUGAAGGCAGAUGAGGAGGAUGAACUUGCUGCAGAGAAAAAGAAAAAUCUGCAAAUACUGGGAAGCCUCUUGAAUAUCGACCUGGAACACGCCAAACCAACUAAAAUGGCUACAAAUGCUAAGAAAUUCAAGGAUAUUAAUGCUCUCCGCUAUGAUCCCACAAGGCAGGACCAUGCGGUUUUUGAAAGGAAACCCAAUGCUACAGAAAAAGAGAGUAAAGCUAAGAGGAAGAAGAAGAGGGAGGAGAGUGAGAAACUGCCUGAAGUGUCUAAAGAAAUCUAUUAUGAUAUUGCUGUUGAUUUAAAAGAGUUGUUUGGAUCUUCAAAGAGCAAACAAGAAAAAAGAGAAGAAAUACCCUGGGACAAAGAUGAUGCAGAGGAAUCCACCCCACAUGACAGUCUGGGACCUGAUGUUGGGAGUAACACAGCUCAGAAUUCUAGUGGUUUCAAGUUUUCUUUCUUUGGUGACAUGGAUCAGUCACACGUAAAAGAAGAGCCCUACGUACUUGAAACAAUAAAACCUGUAAAAGUCAGCUGGCAAGAAGAUCCACGUUUCCAAGACAGCAGCUCUGAGGAUGAUGAUGAACCAGAGGCAACAGAAAGUGAAAGGGACAAAGAAAUGUUUUCCUCUUUACCGCAGGCAGUAAGUGCUAGGUUUUUCUUCUUCUCCAAAGGUGAUGAACGAUUAAAAGAGGGCCCCAAGUUAUUCUGUAGAUCAGUUAACCUCAGUGAAGAAAAAGAUAGUUGGGAAGACAGACGUAGAUUAUUGCUUGAGGAAUGCCGGAAGAAACAUAAGGAUGCAAGAAGGAAAGUGAAAACAAAACAAUAAGUCUUUGUUUCAUGUUUCUUCUUUGAAAGAGACAUUUUUCUUCAACUUCUUCAAAAUUCUAAUGUUUCAAAGAUCUAACAAGAAACAAUACCGGAAAAGACUGUUAAACUUUGUUUCUAAAUAGCUACAUAUUUAUUAUGUCAAUGUUUGUAACAAGUCAGGUGUGUUUUUUUCUAUACGGUUUAAAGGAGACUUGCUUCUUUGCAUAUUUUGGGGAAUUUGAUCAUUGAACAAAGAAAACAGUGGAUUAUUUUCUUGUGUUCUCAUGCCUCCUUGCUGUAUGCUGUUGAUGAAGAACAGGUAGUACCACACCUUUAAGACUAUACAACCUGUAUUCAGCUGAAUGUAACAGAGAUCCUGUUUGAGAUUCCUUUUACAAAUUCUUGGAAUGCUUCAUUUUCAGAGUAAAAGUUUACCAGAAGCUUAUGAAAAUAUGUAUAUAAGUGGGAAGACUUAUGAAAUGGGUAGAUUUGUAUUUCUUCACAGAGCUGAUUUUUAUACUUUUUAAUUGAGUAUAUAUACAUAAAUAAAUAUUAAGGAC